GCACACAGAGCAGAGUACUUUUUACAUAAAGUGCAAUUUAUUAAUAUUUUUUGUUGUUAUUUCAUUGUUAUUUUAUAGGUACUUAUUGCCUAAGCUUAUUUGUUUCGUUUAAUUCCUAAUUCUCAGUUGGAUUUGGUGGAACAAAUCUAUUGAUAAAUGUGAUCUUUAUUUGAUUGUGUAUUGACUGUUAACUCUAACAAUACAUACCAACAACCGAUGAGUGUCUCCCAGGCCCAAAACCAAGAAUGGGAUUUGAAAUCAAAAGGUUUCAAGGUGACGUCGAUGAAGAACUUAUUUGUCCUAUCUGUUCAGGAGUUUUAGAGGAUCCUUUGCAGGCACCAGCUUGCGAGCAUGCUUUUUGUCGUGCCUGCAUAACAGAAUGGAUUAGUCGUCAACCAACAUGUCCAGUAGACCGGCAGGCAGUGACAGCUAGCCAAUUAAGACCUGUUCCGAGAAUACUUCGUAACCUACUUUCCAGAUUAUGUACAAGUUGUGAUAAUGCACCUCAUGGAUGCAAUUCUGUAUUAAAACUAGAUUCAUUGGCUUCACAUUUAGUUGAAUGUGAAUUUAAUCCCAAACGGCCGGUACCGUGUGAGGCAGGCUGUGGCUUGGUAAUACCUAAAGAUGAGUUGAGCGAUCACAACUGUGUCCGUGAGCUGCGCGCCCUCAUCACCUCUCAGCAGGGCAAGCUCAAUGACUAUCAACAAGAGCUGGCUGAGCAACGUCUCAUCAUCAAUGAGCAUAAACGUGAAUUGGCAUUGCUUAAAGAAUUCAUGCGUGCGAUGCGGGUAUCUAAUCCGGCGAUGCGCGCUCUCGCCGAUCAAAUGGAGCGCGAGGAAGUGAUCCGCUGGGCCAACUCGCUUGCCCGCGCGCGCGUCACGCGCUGGGGCGGCAUGAUAUCCACUCCCGAUGACGUCCUGCAGGUGAUGAUGAUCAAGAGAAGUUUGUCAGAGUCGGGUUGCCCUCCCCACAUUAUUGACGACUUGAUGGAGAACUGCCACGAACGACGGUGGCCUCCCGGCCUGUCAUCUCUAGAAACAAGACAAAAUAAUAGAAGGCUGUACGAGAAAUAUGUUUGCAAAAGAGUGCCUGGGAAACAAGCUGUACUUGUGCUGCAGUGUGACAACACUCAUGUCGAUGACCACAUGAUGGUGGAGCCUGGCCUUGUCAUGAUAUUUGCUCAUGGUAUUGAAUAGCAGGAAUUACGAACUUAUAAGUGUGCUUAUUGAAUUUUUUUAUUAUUUUAGAAUGUAAUUACCGAUAUGAUAUGGUACAAUAUAAGUAGUGAUGGAUUUGUUUAUAAUUAAUUAAUAAAUUACGCUAUAUUGUGCGGAUAUGAUUGUAUUUCAUAGGUUGUAUUCAAGAUUCAUGGCCGUAGGUAAAAGGCUGGCCUAAAAUCACAGACUGAAACAAAAUUAUUGUUAAAAUUAAAGGUCACGACUAAAAAAACAAAGUGCGGUUACACCUAGUUUUAGCUGGCUACAAGUACGUGAGCUGGUAGCAUUUGGUUAAGCUUAGGAGUAUUUUAUUUAUUUAUGGCUAAAAUUGAAAAAAAAAUCUCAGAAAACUCUUCCUGAAAUCAAUUCCUGGCUACGGCCAUGGUUGUAUUAUUGUUUUAAAUCAAAUAUUUAAACAUUCCUGAAAUACGAAGUAAGUAGAUGUAAAAUGUUUUAAAAAAGUUCUCUACAAAUAAAAUUCAAUACUUUUUAAUGACAAUUUUAUUAUUAAAGAGUGUGAUCAAGAUUUUUUAUUAUUUUAGAUUAGUGACUGAGUGCUGUGUUAUGUUAGAAAAUGUUGCGUUUGUGCUGUAACAUUCUAUAAAUCUAUAUGUAUUAUGUAUUGCUUAUAAACAAGAAUACACUCACUCUGAGAAA